AUGGGGAUUUUAGAAAAAAUUUCGGAGAUCGAGAAGGAAAUUGCCAGAACGCAAAAGAAUAAAGCAACCGAAUAUCAUUUGGGGUUAUUGAAAGCCAAAUUAGCAAAAUAUAGGGCUCAGUUACUAGAGCCAACAGGCAAAUCUGGAGCUAAAGGGGAGGGAUUUGAUGUGAUGAAGUCGGGGGAUGCCAGGGUGGCCCUCAUUGGCUUUCCAUCCGUCGGAAAGGUAAGUUGCGGCUUAAAGUUGAACCUGGACUACCUGCUUGAAAAGUUGUGGGAGUAUCUGGCUCUUAUAAGAGUCUACACGAAAAAGAGAGGAGAACGACCAGACUUCGAUGGUGGAUUGAUCUUAAGAUCCGGCUGUACAGUUGAACAUACGUGCCACGUUGUACACAGGCAGUUGGUGGAUCAAUUUAAAUAUGCACUUGUGUGGGGAAGCAGCGUCAAGUACAGCCCACAACGAGUCGGCCUCAGUCACGUAAUGAGUCACGACGACGUCAUUCAGAUUGUCAAAAAAUAG